AUGUUGUACGCCAACAAGUACUAUAAGAAGUAUCGAAACAAUCAAAAUCCAAUGGACCUCCCUCUAAUUAAAGCUCAUCCUUCAUUUCAAGAAAUAAAGGAUGUGUUAAACGGAAUCCCAUCUGGAGACCAUGUUUGGGAUUUAGCCGGCGACGAGGAAAAGCCUGUUUUGAAUUGGCUGGUAGGGCUCGUCGCGACAAAUUUGGAAUGGAUUGAAAAUGUGGAUGAGAAAGAAGAAUUACUAGUUAUUAUUUGUCAAAUGAUAGCUGAACGCAGCGGUCGUAUGGCUGCUCCUACAAAAGUACGAACUUUCGUUAUGAAUAAUAGCAAAGAAAUUCGUAUUCUAGAACCAAGUCUCACUUACGAUACCCUUGGAUUUAAGACAUGGGGAUCUGCUCCUUUAUUAUCUGCUCACCUUCCCGAGUGGGAAACUCCUAACCCGUCCCUUCGUGCACUUGAGCUAGGAUCCGGUACGGGGCUUUUGGGGAUUAGUGCUGCCCAUCAACUAGGAUGGCAGAUGGUUUGUACUGACUUGCCGGAAAUUGUCGAAAAUAUGAGGCAUAAUGUUACCGAAAAUGAAGAUUUGAUCCAUGAAAACAAUGGUUCUAUGGAGUGUCAUGUAUUGGACUGGUUGAAUCCUCCUCCUGACGAUGACCUUCCACCUUGGCUUUCCCAGCCGUUUCAACGAAUUAUUGCUAGUGAUUGUGUGUACGAAACCCAUUUCGGAAAAAUUGCAAUCGCUUUAUUUUUGAAGUACCUAGCGAAGGACGGUAUUGCAAUCACAGAAUAUCCUCUUCGUGAGACACAUUUAGACGAGAUUGCCGAAUUCGAAGAAGGGAUGCAACAGGCCGGCUUUUCAAGGGAAACUGGUGAAGAAAUUGGGCAAGAAGAUUUUGGCUCGCGAUACCCCAUCACUUGCCGCUGGAGUCAAUGGAGGUAUAAUAGGCCUCAAUGA